GGCGCCGGCGUCUGUGUUGUCUGCGGUCUCCAGGGCAGCGCCGGGGCGGGCGGGGGCCCGGGCAGCGGCGGCGGCGGCGCGGGAGGAUGCGGGGCCCGUCCGGGUCGCGGCCGCGGAGGAGCGCCGGGCAGAGAUGGGGUUUUGCCAUGUUGCCCGGGAUGGUCUUGAACUCCUGGACUUAAGCGAUCUGCCCACCUCGGCCUCCCAAAGUGCUGGUAACGCUUUUGUGAACCACAACUUUAAAUAUCAGCCAGCUGUUCCUAUCAACACGAGUAUCCCCUGUUAAUUUUUUGCAUUUUUCAAGAUGAGUAAAAGUAAACUAAUUCCCAAGCUCUCUAUUCAAUCUCCUGUCCUUCAUACCAACUUAAAUGUCCAGUCCACACACCCACCUUCGAAGAAAGAAGACUUACAUCGGAUUUCAAAAGACUCCUUGGAAUCUGAUUCAGAAAGCCUCACGCAAGAGAUUAUGUGCCAUUCUGAGUUUGAUGAUCGAAUCCGGGGCAACGGUAUGGAGCCCGACAGCUUAGACGAGGAGGAAAGCCCUCGAUGGGGAAGCCUGCAUGAGACGGAAGAGGAAGCAAGUGGAAAAGCAGCUCAGAUGGCUCGCGAGCAAAACCACCAUACCUGGGACCAGGGCGCCAAUAACAGGCAACAACCAAUAGAAGACAAAUAUUCAGACCUCCGCUAUGACCCGAACUGGAAGAGUAAGAAGGAGGAAGGGCAGCUGCUGUCUGUGGAAGCGUUGCCGGAGUCCACGGACAGCUCUUUAGAAAAUCUGCCUUUGGCUCCCCUCUACCCUUCCCAGGAGACGUCAGUGGAACUCUCCGGGGGAAAAGGCGAGCAGAAAGAGAGUCCACAGAGUGCACCUUCUUUACUUGGUAGUGAAUUUUUAAGCCCAAACUAUGAGCAUGGUGCCCGUCGCAGCAAGCCGUUUUCAGAGCUGAGCGACAGUGACCUGGAGGAGAAGUCGAGCAGCCUUUCUCCGUACGUGAAGAGCUCAAGUUCACAUAACCAGGUUUUCCUGCCGGGAUCACGUGGCCCUCGGCGAAGGAAAUCCAAACAACAUUUUGUGGAAAAAAACAAGCUCACUUUGGGAUUACCCACCCCGAAAACGGACUCUUAUCUUGAACUUCACAAUAAAAAAAGGGGGGAAUCUCAUCCAGAACAGGUCAUUUUGAGAGUAAAUUCUCUCCCACAUGAUGGAUUCAAAACCUUUUGGAGCCAGUAAACUUAGUUCGAUUUCACAGGUGCACAUAAAGACCUUCUCUGCCCACCUCCUAUGGGCAUGUCCAGGGAUACAGACAAGAGUGGGGUUAGAAUGGUAGAGUCCACCACUCUUAUUGGAAAGAGCUUGAGAUUUAUCACCUGCUAAUGUGAGGUCAUUUUCAAAUACAAAGGAGACGUUAUUAUGUUAAAUGUGGUUGCCCUUAGACUUAUUCCAAAUCCCAAUUGGUAUUUUUUUUUUUUAACAUACUCUAACCUGUUCUAACCUCUAAGCAUUUUCUAUUGGAACAAAAUAGAUGAGGUGGAUGAACAUUUGUGGCUUUUCUUCAGAGACUCCCUUUUUUGUCUUAAAGAAUUACGUCUGGUGGCACAUUGGUUCAUGCCUGUAAUGCCAGCACUUUGGGAGGUCGAGGUGGGAGGAUCACUUGAGGCCACGAGUUCAAGACCAGCCUGGCCAACAUGGUGAAACCCAUCUAUACCAAAAAUACAAAAAUUAGCCGGGUGUGGUGAUGCACACCUGUAAUCCCAGCUACUCGGGAGGCUGAGGCACAAGAAUCGCUUGAACACAGGAGGCAGAGGUUGCAGUGAGCCGAGAUGGCGCCACUACACUCCAGCCUGGGUUAUAGAGUGAGACUCUGUCUCAAAAUAAAUAAAUAAAAAUAAAAAAAGAAUGAUGUCUGGUGAGAUUUGGGCCUAAAAAUAUUUUAAUUUAAAAAUAAAAAUAAAAUUCAAAAAAAGAAUUAUGUCACAUCUUUGCCAUUGUAACUAAUAAUUAAAUGAAAUAAGUGUAGUAUAUCUAGCUGAAGUAUUUAAAAAACUAGAUGAAUUCAAGCAGUUUUUAGUAUUUUUACCCAGUUUUAGAUGUUAAUAUACUCUUGUUCCAUAAAACUUACAUGAAAUUUUGAAUUUUGCUUGAUUGCUCAUUUAAAAAUGUAAAUAAAUUCAACAGUCCAAUAUCUUUGAAAAAAAAUUUCUUUUGAGGCAGGGUCUGGCCUUUCACCCAAGCUGGAAUGCAAUCGCACGAUCAUAGCUCACUAUAACCUCGACCUCCUGGGCUCAAGCAAUCCUCCUGCCUCAGCCUCGGCGAGUAGCUGGGAACACAGGCAUGCACCACCACAUCUAGCUAAAUUUGUUUUUAAAUGUCUUUAUAGGGAUGGGGAUCUCAUCAUGUUGCCCAGGCUGACCUCAAACUCCUGGGCUCAAAUGAUCCUUCUACCUUGGCUCCCAAAGUGUUGGGAUUACAAGCAUGAGCCACCAUGCCCAGCCUGAAAAAUGUUUAUAGCCAGUAAUUUAUCUCAAACUAGGACAAUAUUUUUCAUUAUUAAAAAGUGUUCUCAAAAGAAGCUGAUCCGGAAGGAGAACAUUUGGGGGUUUUCUUCAUUCAGAAACUCUCUUUUUAGUCUGAGGUCAAAAGAAAUAGUUUUAUUUCCAAUAAUAAAAGGGAAAAAUAUUUAUUAUGAACUCUUUAAUUGUUGAUUUAUUAAUCGCUAUUUUUGUUAGUAGUUAUAAGUUAAUUUACUAAACAAUUUUAGAGUGUAUUGAUUGUCAGUGAUUCCACAGCUGAAUUUUCUUUUCUUUGUGCCAUGGAGGAAACUUUCUUUAAGCUCUUAUAUUACUCUCUGAAGGGGCCAUUGACUUUUCCCACCACUUUCUCCAAGUUCAAAUAUCUAAAGGCUAAUUGUAUUUAAAAUUGUUCCUUUACCAUUUUCCAAUAUAUAUGUACUUCUUCUUGCUCCUAUUAUUUUUUUAAGAGAUGACUCCUAUUAUUUUUUUGAGACGGGAUCUUGCUAUGUUGCUGGAGUGCAGUUGCCAUGCAGGAUUCGAUCAUCACACACUGCAGCCUUGAACUCCUGGGCUCAAGUGAUCCUCUUGCCUUAGACACCUGAGUGACUGGGACUAUAGGUGUGCAUCACUGACCUGACUUCCUAUUACGUCAAAAAGAAUAGAGAUGAGUUUGACCUAACAGUGACAUAAUGAUAUGUGUAACUUAGUGAAUUCUAGUCAGUAGCAUAAACUGAUGUGUUUUUUUUUUUUGAACCGUUAUUCAUAUGUAGACGUGUGUGUGUCUCUCCUCCCGAUACAGAUUAUAUGUUCCCUAUGGGUAGGAGCUAGGGUUUGUGCUCAUUUUUAAUCUUCAUAGUCACUAGCCUAAGACACUGAAAAGGCUGAGUAAACAUAAGGGAAAUUAAAAAUGUAUCUCUUCCAUCACCUCCAAA